GCCGCCUCCGCCCGCCCCCAGCGAAGAGAAACAAAACACAACCCCGGCACCGCCACGCUCUCCCUCCUUCUCCUCUCGGCUUUUGGUGGUUGUUUUUUGGGGUGUUUUUUUAAAUUUAUUUUUUCUUUUAAUUUUUUUUUUUCUUGGGGAUUCUCCUCUCUCCUGCCAGACUGACUUACACGUUCUUGAUAAUUUCUCUUCCCCUCAUUUUUUAUACUCUUCUCCCUGCUUCCAAACCCUGUGUCUGUGUGUUUCAAUACUAUCACAACCUCUGCUAAAAAUAGAUCUUUUUAUACCCUUCCUCCUCUCUGACCCCAUCCAACACCCCUUGUUAAGGAGGAGGAAGUAAGCUCAGCCCAUGGAAGAAGGGUAGAACUGAAUUUGAAGCAAAUUUGUUGGCUAAGAGAGCAUGGCAUGAUAUGAUUUGAGGCGAGAAAAAGCAAGAGUUUACACUCCAGAGCAUUGAGUGAUCUGCUGUAACUAUCUUACACCCAGAGCAAGAAAAGUAAAUUCCCUUGGCUGUCCCAUAUCUCUAAGGAACCUGAUGCAUGAGUGGACUAGAGAAGAGGCAGAGAGAAAAACUCCCAAGACCUACAGAUCAUCUGGCUGGCAGGGUCAAGUUUUCUCUGGAUUGAGGUGGAACUGUGGCUUAUGGACAUCUGAUGUGAUAAACCAUACUCAACACUUUUAGAUACCUUGGGACUGCAAAAGCUGACCACCAACAGCAGGUUUUUAAAUAUCGCUGCUCUUCUGACAAGUUGAUUAAGUGAAUAGAAGAAAAAAAAUAAAAAAAACGAAGCUACUUUCAAGUAUUGAAGAUACAAGGCCAGGAUGAACACGAAGGAAGGAAAAGUGUCCGAAGGAGGUCUCAAUGUCACUCUUACCAUACGCCUUCUCAUGCAUGGCAAGGAGGUUGGAAGCAUUAUCGGAAAGAAAGGUGAGACAGUGAAGAAGAUGAGGGAGGAGAGUGGUGCUCGAAUCAAUAUUUCAGAAGGCACUUGUCCAGAGAGAAUUGUGACAAUAACAGGCCCAACAGAUGCAAUUUUUAAAGCUUUUUCUAUGAUUGCACUAAAAUUUGAAGAGGACAUCAACGCUUCGAUGACAAACAGCUCGGUGACAAGCAAACCGCCCGUAACACUGCGGCUCGUCGUCCCAGCAAGUCAGUGUGGAUCCCUCAUAGGAAAAGGAGGUUCCAAAAUCAAGGAAAUCAGGGAGUCCACAGGAGCACAGGUGCAGGUGGCAGGGGACAUGCUGCCCAACUCGACGGAGCGCGCCGUGACCAUCUCCGGCACUCCCGACGCCAUCAUCCAGUGCGUCAAGCAGAUCUGCGUGGUGAUGCUGGAGUCCCCACCCAAAGGUGCCACCAUCCCCUACCGUCCCAAACCUGCCUCUGCACCUAUCAUUUUUGCAGGUGGCCAGGUAAGAGCAGACACCAUUUUGGCUUCAGCUGGAAACCACACCGUCCUGGCCCAGCCUCAGCCAGCGCCUGCAUUCACGAUUCAGGGGCAGUAUGCCAUCCCUCAUCCAGACGUGAGUCCAGCACAUUUGACCAAGCUUCACCAGUUGGCUAUGCAGCAUCCCCCCUUUACUCCCCUUGGGCAGACCACCCCUGGUUUCCCUGGACUGGAUGCCACUACUCCAACCAGUUCCCAUGAACUUACAAUUCCCAAUGAUUUAAUAGGCUGCAUUAUUGGCAGACAAGGCAGUAAGAUAAAUGAAAUCAGGCAGAUGUCAGGAGCGCAGAUCAAGAUUGCUAAUGCCACAGAAGGCUCCGCAGAACGACAAGUUACAAUCACAGGAUCCCCUGCAAACAUCAGCUUAGCACAGUACCUCAUUAAUGCAAGCUUAGAGAUGGCUAAAGUCAGCACCCAGACCGCUUCCGUCACGACCCCUGUUGACCUCAACAUGAACCUCUCUCAGUCUGCCACCCCUACCUCCACCCCCACCUCCAUGGCCGUGCUGGCGGCCGCCUCCGCCGCCUCCGUCAGUACCCCCCCUCCCCUACCAACUCUGCCAACCACCCACUAUGCCGUUCCUGUCUCCAGUCUGCUUGGCAUGAAAACUGUCCCACUCCUGGCACUAAAUGCCGCGGCCGCCGCGGGGGCCACGGGGAGUUUGUCCGCUUACACUGCCAAAAUUCCUUCGACGAGCGGGGUUAAGAAAUCUGACCGCCAGAAGUUUGCUCCAUAUUGAAGGGAUGAGACACAAUGCAAGCUUUGCCAGCUCUGCCAAGAGUCUGUGGUAGAUCCUAGUUAUCAAGGAAACAAUACGGCAUCUUUUAUUUUCUGUUCGAUUGCUAGUGUUAACUGUUGCUGACUCAAGUCGUCUUCCACUCUCCAUAACACCUAACACCAGGCACCACCUUCCAACUAGUUCCAACAGCCAGCAGGUGCCAGCCCGGGCUCCUUCUCCCCGGAUACUGUCCCAGGGCUGGCCCUCAGCAGCCCCACGGCAAGGCAGGGCUGCCCCCAGCCCACCAAGGGAGAUACAGUGAGAAGGGAAAAAACAUAAAUGCGGCAAAAUGGUGACAGCCGGGUCCUGCUCCGGCAAUGCUGCCCGGCCUAAAAAUACACCUAGAUCCAUGUGCAGGGAUCCCUCCAACUGCAGAACAAUUCCUCAUGGCAAACUGGCAUCUCUGAUGCAUUUUUUCUAUUGCCAGCACAUGCAAAUCCGGCACUUUUCAGUGCCCCUGCAAUGCCCUGUGAAGUGCUGCUGGCCCCCUCAGUCAUUCUGCUGCUCCCAAAAGGCCUGGAGACCCCCAUCCCCCAUCCCAAAAUCCUCCUACAAGCAGGAGAUGGCAGUUAGGAGGUACCAACUUCAGGUACUUGUGCAUACAACAAAUGAAGCUUUCUGGUCUGAGAAAAACUGCUAAAUUAAAAUUACUGUAAAUCAGUAAGGAAAAAAUACCAGGUACCUGUGCCUUUCCACAUGAUUCUUUUAAAGGGUGCAACCAUUUUUCUCUACUUUGGAAAAACGUAAUUUUAAGAACUCUGCUUUAGGGAGGAGGGAGGGAGGGAGAGUGAGAGAGAGGAGGCUCCUCCCUUUGCACUCAGAUGUUUUACAUACACCAACACAGUACUUAUUCCUGUAAGUACUUCAGAGCAAGUACAAGCCAGAUGCCGUCACUAUCUCAUAUUUCCUCUCAUGUAUGUUUUAUUCAGCCAAAAUGACCAUUUUUCAUUAGAUUUCUCUACAAAAUACAUCCCUGUUUAACUCCACACUAAUCAUGCAGUCAGGUUGUAUGGUAAUCAUGAAAAACAUGUAGCAUUUUAGAGGUCAUUCAAAGGCUGCUGCCUGGACAGAUCCCAUCCCUUUACCAAGUACUUCAGGAUGCUCAGAUUAACUAAAACGAGACAAGUAAUGGCAGCCAAAGACAAGAGAGCUGGGGAAUGGAGUGGCUGGUUGCCAGCUGUUGGAACUAGUUCUUAACUGCAUUUUAUGUUUGUCCAUCCACCUUCUUUUUAAUUUCUGUUGCAUAACUCAGUAAUGCAAUAUUGUUUUCCUCACCACUUCCAAAACCAGAUUCCCAUUAGCCCGCCAUGUUCAUCCACUCUGCACUCCUUGGACACAAAGCUUUAACAAUUGAACUGUAUUCAGUGCAUUUUAAUAUAAACUAAAAACACAAUGCAAAUGCAAUACUUUUUAAAACAUGGUAUUUCAAAGUGUGUUAUUGUAUAGGGCUAAGUACUAUCUCAGUAUUUUGUGUCAUUUCUGUAUUCUGUGGGCUUUUCUUCACCUUAGCACCUUUGCACUAAGUUUUGUCACUGUAACUAUUUGUAGAACUGCCAUUGUUACAAUUUGCACUUAUCCAAAUGGGGUUUUUGGUUGGUUUUGUUGGGUUUUUUUUGGUUUUGUGGUUUUUUUGUUCGUUUGUGGCUUCCUUUCUUUUUUUUUUUUUCUUUUUUUUUUUCUGGUUGCAUAUACUGAAGGAAAAACUGGGAAUAAUGUCAAGGUACCACAGCUAUUUAAAAGCUCUAGAAAACUGCUGUAAAAUUGUUCUGGAUUAUUGUAACUGUUUCAAUAAUUGACAUUUAAGGAAAAAAAAAUCCACCAACCUCUGUGUGAGAAAAAUUGCCUGCACUGAAAUGCUGUUCUAUGCUGGUUGUACUCAAGUGGUAUUUUUUUAAUAGUGAGAAGAUUUUUUUUCUUUUUUUUUGCCUUUUUUUUUCCUUUUCUUUUCCUCGUUUUUGUUCCUACA